AAAAAGUAAAAGAACGCAAAUCGAAACCGCCGCGAACGUGUUGCAAAAUCGCUUAAUUCGCGGCGCCCUUGAAAUCGAGGAGGAAAAGCGAAAAAAGGCUGCGAGAGCUAGCGCAAAAUCGAAGAAAAAACUGUGAAUUUCAUUUCUACAACUUACUGCAAUGUGCUAGUAAAACUGAACCGAAGAAAUUGAUUAAUUCUACGAGAUAAAGCUGCAAAAAACCAACAAAUUGAAAACCUAUGCGUGAACGCGUGUGACGACAAAGUGGAGAAGUGCAACAGAUAUAUGAAUAUAUGAAUAGAUAUAGAAAUAGAUGAAUAGAUAAAUAGAAAUCCCAAGUUAACCAAGAUCACCAAAAUAUUUUCAUAAUUUUUAAGAAAUAUUUCAAGUGUGAUACAAAGUUCUGAAACCACUCCAAGCCAAGCAAGCCUACUUUCGAAAACGAAUCAUCAUCCAACUGCAGAAAGUGAAUCAAAUCGAAUUGAUUCGAUUAACAGCUGUGCUGUACACAUGCACCGGUGUGUGUGAGGGGGCGCGCGCGUGUGCGUGUACGACGUGAGUGAACCGUGUGUGUGUGCGGCGCGUAUGUGUUAGUGUUAGUGUGUGUCUCGGUGUUGGUGGCGAAAAUUGAAACGCCCGCUAAACAAAGUCAAGCGCUAGAUGGCGCUGUCGCUGCCGCCUGAGACCAGUGACGUUGUUGUUGUUGUUGUCGGUGUGCCGCACAUUGUUGUAGUUGUUGUUGAUGCUGAUGCUGAUUUUGCAGCAGCAAACAAAACGCGGAAAGUCAAAUUAUAACCGCCCACCAGCCCCCCGCAACACGAAAAACCACCUCGCCACCACCCAAUAAAUAACAAUUUAUCAGCCCAACAAAUCAACUAAAUUAACUCCCCCAACAAAUAAAAUACACAAAAAUUUAAUAAAGGAAGAAUAAGUAAUAGUCAAGAGUUUCGCAUUACCCAUCGUCGGUCGGUUCAAAUUGCGUCGCGGCGCGUCGCAAACGUUGCUAGUCCUCGGAUCGUAUCGUAUCGUAACGGAUCGUAUCGGAACGGAACAGAACCCUAUAGUACGGACGGUUACGGAUCAGAUCGGAUCAGUUGGCAGUCGGUGGCACCUAACAACGCAACGCUAACCGCUAUUAUGCAUCGGCGUCGUCGGUUGGCCAGUGCAACAAUCGCAUUCGAAUUGGCGGGCGAGCAGCAGCAGCUAAUGCAACAACUGACAGAACUUAAUUAACCAGGCUAAUCACUAAGGCUGUAGACAGUGUAUCCGUAGUGGAUAAACCCAAGAAACCGCAAGGUAUAGAGUAACUUUUUUCGUGACCCCAAAUAAUCCAAGAAUCGUAAGCAAUCCUGGAUUAUUUGCUAAAGACUUUGCGCACGCUGAAAUCCAAUUCGAUUAUGGCCGAGAAUCAAAGUGCGGCCAGCGAAGAUUCCGGUCACCAACAGCAACAGCAACAUCAGCAGCAACAGCAACACCAGCAACAUCAGCAAACACUAGCCACCACAUCAGUCACGGCCGCAUCAACCACAUCGGUCCUAGCUAACCAAUCGCCCACUAACUCGCAGGCCUCAUCCCCUGAAAAUUCCCAGGAAGCACUGCCCUUGCUGCGACGCCAGCAAUCAGCCGCAGCAGCCACAGUAGCAGCAGCCGCCGCAACAGUUGCAGCCACAAGCAGCAGCACAUCGCAGCAGCAUCAGCAGCAGCAUCGCAACAGCAUCAGCAACAUGUUCGAUCGCACGGUGAAUGCCAAGUUCAAGCCGGCGUCCUCAAAUGCCGGACCAGGAAACAAUCCGGGACGCCGGAACUCAAUGCUGACACCAUCCCGAGGAGUUAGUAUCGGUGGCGCUGGCGGAAAUAUCCGUAAGCUGACCAAGGUCAGCUCACUGACCAGCAAUCAUCACUUUGCUGUGUGCUAUCCACCCAGCAACAUCUAUCAGAACAGCAACAAUGCCGGCAGCAAUUCGGCUUUGCAGCGCACUACCAGCGAAAGUUUGCGCCUGAACUCGCUGAGUCGCGUGGCAGCUGCCGCGACACCCAACACGGUGUCCAGAGCCAGUAGUAACUCCAGCCUGGCCACAUCCACCUCCACAUCGCUGGCACCCAAGUCCAGCAGCAGCAGUGGUGGCAGCAACUCAACAUCGCAGCAGCAACAGCAGCAGCCAGUGAGCAGUAGCAACAGCAGCGGCAGCAGCAACAACAGCUUCACCAAGGCCAGUUCGCCCAACAAUAAUGGAGCACGUUCGGUGGGCGGAGCAGCUGCAGCAGCUGCAACUGGCACAGGCACUGGCACUGGCACUGCAGCAGGCAGUCAUCACCAUCAGCCACAUCACCACCAUCAUCAUCAUCAUCACCACCAUCAGCAUCACAACCACCAGCAGCAGCAGCAACAGACUAGCCUCAGCCAAGGACACGCCUCGUUAACCGUCGCCGGUGGAUCAGCUGCAGCUGGUGGUGGUGUUGGUGGUAGUGGCAGCUCCUCGGGGACCGCCGCUGGUGGCACCAAUCGCAAACCAAAGACGACUUCCUCAUUCGAGAUCACCUCGGUGACGGUGGGCCAUCCAAAGCUGAAUGCUGCCGGCGAUACUGGGGACGAGUCGGCCGACGAUCUGGACGAAUCUCACACGGAUGACAAUAGUCGGAUAACGGACCUGGAGAACGAGACGCCCUCCAUGUCGGAAGACACGUUCUCCAAGGAGGAGGUGUACUAUGCCAACAAUGCCCUCAGCACCAAUGCGCCGGUGAUACCGACUAGCUCGCAAUACGGCCUCGUCGUGGUGGAUCCCAUCGCCCCAUCGUUGGGCCAGACGAUCCAGAACGUUCAGGUCAACGUGUCGGAUAACAUUAUCAAUGUGGUGAGCGGUGCCGUCACACCGGGCGGCACAAAGAAGAAGGACGACAUCAAGGAGACGCAGCACCGCAGCGAGCGGUUCAAGGUGGUCAAAAUUGAGUCCACGGAGCCGUUUAAGCGCGGCCGCUGGAUGUGCAUGGAUUACCUGGAUCACUCGAGUGUGGGUAAUGGCGGUAAUAACAACGAAAAGACUGGCUCUUCUACUUCCGAGGCGCACGCAGCCACAACGGAUGGUGCAGCAGGUGUUGCCGUUGGGUCUGAGGCUCCGCCACCGGCCCACAAGACCACACAGAGUAUGAUUCUGCCACCCACCCAGAAGCUGAACGAGAACCAUUUGGAGGCCAACUCGACCGAUGCCAACUGGAACUAUGCCGAGCAACAGCAGCAGCAGCAGCAGCAGCAACAAACAAUAGUUGGCAAUGCCCUGACCAAGACAUUGCCCGUGGCUCUUCGCAACGUGAGUCGCAGUUCCUCGGUAACCCCAAGUCCUAAUGCCUCCGUCGAGUUCUUGUCUCCCAAUUUGCUCGCCCAGCAGCAACAGCAGCAGCAACAGCUCUUCGACAGCGUCAAUGCCAAUGCUGCCAGUUCACCAAAUCCCGCCGGUGACCCCAACAACAUGGACUAUGCGCGAACGGCGGCGAUGCAGCUGCAUCAAACGUUGCAGCAGCUCAAGCAGCGCGAAGACGCCAUGGACGUGCCGCCAGGUGGUUAUGCCAACUACCAAAACGGUGGAGAUUCUGCUGGUGGGGCGGCCAGCAACAACAACAGCGCCGGAGCGGCAGCUGGAGAGUCACAGCUGAGCACCAGCUAUGUUGAGCAGCAGCAGCCAUUAUCCCCAGCGCCACUAACGCCCCAGGCCGCGCCCACAUUCGCGGCUGUUGCUGCCGGGCAGUCGCCCAACUUCCAAUUGGAGCCACAACAACAACAGCAGCAGCAGCAGCAGCAAGCUACAUCGCAGAUAGAUGGAAUAGUCCCACAGCCAUUUAACCCACAACAGCAACAGCAGCAGCAGCAGCAACAGACCCCACAGCAAUCAACAGCUCAGCAAGCAGCAGCAACUGCAACAUCUGCAGUGGCUGCAGCACCACCACAACAGACUUCAAACACUUCCAAUGCAGCGGUAACCACUGGCCAGGGUCAGACAAUGCCGCUGUUAUCACACAUGACCAGCUACGAGCAGCAGCAGCCUAAUCUGGGAGCAGCAGCAGCAACAGGAGGCACAGCGGCAACAUCGGUGGCUGCACCGCAAGCGAUUCCCACGCUGCAAUUGCAGAGUGCUCCCUCAACGAUUGCCGAUCCGCAGCAAUUGAUGGUGCCACAGCAACAGCAGCAACAGCAGGAGGAGCAACAGCCAACACAGCAACAGCAGCAGCAGCAGCAACAACAACCGCUUCCGCCAGCAAAUAUCGCGAGUGCUAGUGCCAAUAAUAGUAAUCUAAACCUAACGAAUACGAAUGUUGUGGCCAACGCCGAGGCAACAACAAACGCGCUGACCUUGACCGAUGAACAGGCGACCGCGACCGCGUCAGUUGCAGCUGCAGUUGCGACCGGCGCAGCAGCAGCAACGCAGCAGCAAAUCCAACAGCUACAACAGCAACCAAAUGCAGAGUCCGAGACUGAAAGCUCCACAAGCGCUUCCAAUGCCGGCGGCAAUCGGAAGAGGGCCUUUAGCAAUCCGCACAUUGGAGGGCCCAACGAUCCUUCGUCCUUCAUGCAGCGCCUCAAUCCGCAGCUCUACUACUACAACAAGUCGCAGUCGGGCAGGAGUUCCUUCUGCGUGGACGAGUCGCUGUGGCCCACGCACAAUCCCAAUGGAGCGGUCAGCGAUACGCACCUGUACUCCAGGUGCUCCAGCACGGACGAGGACUACGAGGAGGCCAUCGAUCAGUUCUCGCCCACGCUGUACACCCGCUCAGCCAGUCGUGCGAUUCCCAUACCCAGCAGUGCGGGCAGCAGUCCGCAGCACCACGUCCAGCAUCCACAUCGUUCGCAGCCCAGGAUUGUUGGGUUGUUGGGCAUCAACCAAGUGGGAGUGGAUGCAGCGGGCACGGCUGCUUUUAGUGCCAGUCCCUCGAUUUACGCCUACCCGCAUUCGCCGUUCUAUGCCAGUUCGCCGGAAACGUCCUUUUCCAGCGCCGCCUUGCCAGGACAUCCGGCCGCCAGCUCGCGCAUAUCCUUCAGCUACGAUCCUGCCUUCCAGCGCUUGCCAGUGCCCAAUGCAUCCGCAUCCGCAACCGCAUCCGCAACCCGAUCUCCGCUGGAAUGCGCCACCGUGUUUGCCGCCGUCGCUGCGGCUGCCACUUGCGGUGGUGCAACUAGUGCGGCUGGUGGUGCAGCGGAUACCAUUAUCAGCAGUGCAUCUGGAACAAGUGCAGUUGCGAUUGAUAACAAAAUCGAGCAGGCAAUGGAUCUGGUCAAGUCGCAUCUCAUGAUAGCGGUGCGCGAGGAGGUGGAAGUGCUGAAGGAGCGCAUCUCCGAGCUGAUGGACAAGAUCAACAAGCUGGAGCUCGAGAACAACAUUCUCAAGUCGAACAUACCGCAGGAGACACUGCAGCAGCUGCAGAUGCAGCUCCAGAUCGCCGCCCCGCCGGCCACGCCCGCCAUUCAAGCGGCACCGGCGGCGGUACAGAGUGCCGUUGCUCCGGCUGCCGCGGGUCAGGCAGUUCAGCAGCAGGCCGCUGGAGCGGUUGCGGUUGCGGUGGCGGUAACGGGUGUGGCCACCAGUCCAGCGUCCGCGGUGGUACCCACGAGCAUUCCCAACGGCAGCGCCGAGAACGGCAGCAGUGCAGUCGAGUCAGCGGUAUCGGUGGAGCAGCAGGUGCAGCAGGUGACUUCAGCAGCGGCAGCGGCGGCAGCAGCGGCAGUCACAGCAAACGGUCCCAUGUCCUAAGCUGUUGCUGCUGUGGCCCGAAACACACAGUGUUUGUUUUUUUAAGGCGCCCACGCACACGCACCGCAGCGAGGUGUGUGGGGGGGAAAUGAACGUUUUUAAGAAUGAAAACCGUAAUGUUAACUCAGCCGCAGUCUCUUUCCUAGCCGGAGGAGGCGGGGCCGAGGAGAGCAGCGAAAGUAUUAGCCCAAUAACAACAAGAACAGCAACAGCAACUGCAACGGCAACGGUAACAGCAGCAGCACCAACAUGUUAAGCUCGUGUUAGGUGUGUUAGGUAGACUAACCUGCGGUUAAGGACUGUUAUGUUGUUGCUGGCUGUUAAUCUGCUGCAGCCGCCGUUUUGUUAAUUUCUCGAUUGUGAUAUUUGUUUAACACACAUACAGACCACACACAACACACUCACACGCAUUUCCACACACAUCCAUACGAAAUACACACCCACACACACACACAGAUAGACUGCACGCUAACAGCGGCUGCGGCUGGCGCUGUUAACGUCCGCUGUUAACUCGAAGCGAGUAUAGGAGCUCUUUUAAAAGGCGCGCUGUUGCGCCUCCACUUUUUGUUUAAUACUUUUUAUUUUUGUUUACCCGUUUGUUUCCACGUUGUUAACGUUACGAAUAAAAAAAAAACAAGAAUCAUAAACAAACAUACCCAGAACACCACACACAACCACUCAGUAAGCUGGCUGCAAAAUAAUACUUGAUGAAAGUAGAAUUUUUGGCCAACGGAGAAAAACAGCAGCAGAAAUACAAAUGCAAAUCGAUAAAGUGUUCUAGAGUGCCAGGGAAAACAUACAGAAAAAGAAAAGGGACAGAAGGGAAAUUAAAUGAAAUAAUAUGUGAUAAUUUGCAUUGUGCAGUCAGAGACAUAAGAUGUAAAUUGUAAAAAAAACAUAAGCAAACCCGAGAAGCAAAGGACAGGAAAGUAGGAUUCAAAUUUCCAAACAUUCAACAUUGAUCGAUAAAUACAAAUACAAAUACAAUUUAGUGAAACAAGAAAGGCCAGCUGCUAUUUUUAUAAUUUACCUUUAAUUCCAACUUUUAUUGUAUAAAUACAAGAGAAAAUAUUAACUACACCAUAAA